GUCUCUUUCUAAGCCGGCACUCCGUAAGGUAGGUUCACGGCCCGCAAUGUGGCUGUGGUUUUUCGCAGAGUUUGGGCGAAAAGAGUCCUGGGGGGCCUCCGGGGCGGCAGAGCCUGCGUCCCGGGUUGGGAUGCAGCGGAUUAUCCGCCCUGCGCCCGUAGAUGGCCCGGGUCUCGCGUCCCGCGCCCCAGGUAACCAGUGGCACCUUCCUCCCCUCAGGACGAAGCCAUGUUCAGCUCGAGCGCCAAGAUUGUGAAGCCCAAUGGCGAGAAGCCGGACGAGUUCGAGUCUGGCAUCUCUCAGGCGCUGCUCGAGCUGGAGAUGAACUCGGAUCUGAAGGCGCAGCUGCGGGAACUCAACAUCACCGCGGCAAAGGAAAUCGAAGUCGGUGGUGGUCGAAAAGCCAUCAUAAUUUUUGUACCAGUUCCUCAGCUGAAAUCUUUCCAGAAAAUCCAAGUCCGGCUAGUUCGUGAAUUGGAGAAAAAGUUCAGUGGGAAACACGUAGUCUUCAUUGCUCAGAGGAGGAUUCUGCCCAAGCCAACCCGAAAAAGCCGUACGAAAAAUAAGCAAAAGCGCCCCAGAAGCCGCACCCUGACAGCAGUGCACGACGCCAUCCUUGAGGAUUUGGUCUUCCCAAGUGAAAUUGUGGGCAAGAGGAUCCGUGUGAAACUGGAUGGCAGCCGGCUCAUAAAAGUUCAUUUAGACAAAGCACAGCAGAACAACGUGGAGCACAAGGUCGAAACUUUUUCUGGCGUGUACAAGAAGCUCACAGGCAAGGAUGUUAACUUUGAAUUCCCAGAGUUUCAGUUGUAAAGAAAAUGACUGAAUAAAAUGUCAUUCAUAAUA